CACGUGGUCUACUUUAUUCGUUACCGUCAUGUCUGGGACCCAGCCAGGAAGGUCAUUGAAUCAUCAAGUCGUUCUCGAUGAAGACGAGUACACGGCGGCCUUAUCUCAUAUUAUUGCCCGGGAUUUCUUUCCAUCACUCGCCCAUCUUGACGCAACAAACGAAUACUUGGACGCCCUCGACACACGCGACCCACAUCUCAUUACCACAUCUGUUCGACGAAUUGAAGAACUAAAUGCCACUCCUGCACCUCGUCACCAUGCAGCGCCGAAUCAGACUCCGUCACAGACUCCCUACGGCUUUGGCACCCUCCCAUUCGAUACCCCCCUUCGCACGCUGUCUAGGUCUGCUGUCCGUGGCGAACCACCCCAGAAGCGACCUCGCUAUGACGCCUCUGUCAAUCUGGAUACAUUCCAGGCACGCUAUACGUCUGAGGACAACUCUAGUUUUACUGAGAUACUAGACAGUGAGAAUCAGGCGCGGAAAGAGAGAUGGGGGUGGGCAUGGGACGCUCAGAAGAGGGUGGAAGGAUACAAGUUCAGAGUGGAGGCGGCAAGGAAACAGAUGCUAUUGGAAGGACCUGCAGAGGGUAGCUCACGGCCUGGUGUGCGGGAGAAGGUGAUGAUUGAACCUGCGAAACCUCCUGCAGGUCUAAUAACCAACGGCGAUGACGACAAGAAGACCUCAGAUAAAGACGGGAAAGGAAAAGAGUUGGCUGUGCAUGAGUCUCCUGAUGAUCAGCAACCUUCGGUCACCGAUGCAAUGGCUCCUAGAAAGGAUACCCGCCCUGCUGGUGUCGACGGAUGGAAUUUCAAGGCUCGGAAUUCUCUGAUGUUUCCACCGGACGCAGAUGAAUCGCCGUAUCACAAAGCGCCGCAAGCCGAUAUCAAAUCUACGGAGGAUCCCAAAAUUGUCGUCUACUCAAGCACUCGACUACAAGAAGAAUCUUCAUCUGCGUCUAGGGGUCUGUCCGCCCCUCCAAGUCCUACUCGCAGCCGCAUCGAUGCCGCUAUUAAAGGCACACCAUAUCGCCGUCGCUCUCCAACCAUUAAUAAUCUCUCGCUGGUACCCAACCUUCCUUCGCCGACGCCAUCUGAGCUGGGACCAGCAGCAGUCAAAGAACUCAUGACCUGGGGGACGCUCAACGCUACGCCAAGGAUUAUAUCUCAAAGCGAUGAUCCUGCCGACCUUCCACUUCCCAGUACGCCAUUCCACCUUCCUGAACCCUCGGCAAGAGAGCGGAUAUCUCAUAAAUUGUCAAAUGACGCUUCCAAAAACCUUCGUACCAAGGCUGGAUUGCUAGGCCUCGGUCGAACGCCCAGUGGUCCUUCACGAACUCCAAUAGCGGGUAAGAAGAGUACAAUGGCACCACCAUCUUGGACGCCACGUAGGUCAGAAGCUGCAGGCAACUUGACGCCAGCAGCAAAGCGACUAUUAAACCGGACGACAAUGGGGGCGGUGGCUUCAAGACGAGCCGAGGCAAUGGAAAGAGUAGCGGGAUGGAGCGCCGGACAAAAAGACAUAAGUAAAGUACGAUGGACACCCACACCGAGCAGUGGAGCACGACGAUAAGGAAUAUUAUAUUUGUAUCCGACUAACAAUGUACAUGUUAACUUUCUGACACUCGC